AUGCACCAAGUCUCCCUGCCCCUCACCCCUGCCCUGGUCAGCGGCUACUCGUCACUUACACCAGAGCGCCCCCAAAACAUAUAUAGCCUCACAUCCUCCUCUUCUCGUUUGAUUCUCCUGCUUCACCAUUCAAACUCUUUACUUCUAUUGUUCUCCUCUACUACUUUGUUUCAAUAUCUUCACUUCUCACAUACUCCUCCCACCACCACCAUGUGCGAUUACACCCAAAACUACUACAUCUACAUGAGCUGCAUCGACCCCGGUAUGCACUUUUGCAGCACAUCGACCGAUGGCAGUCGUCACCAGUCUUGUCAACGAGGCCCCCAUGAGCGAUACAUUGUCAUUCCCGAAUCUUGCCCUCUCUGCUCUGGUUGAGUGUGACGCGAUAACCCUACGAAACUACUACACAAUACCCCGUCAACCAUACGCAUACAUAUUGAGACACUUUUGAUAACUUCUCCCUCAUACUAUAUACAUACAUCUGCAUGUUAUUCCGAGAGGGAAUUCGCACCACACAUACAUCUUGAACUGGAAGGUCAAGCUGCGCCGGCGACGGAAAUACAUCGAACACACUACGCC